AGCAAAAAUAUUUUCGUUUUUUCACUUUGAAGUUUAAUCAAUUAAAAAAAAUAAGUAUAAUAUCAAGAACAACCGCCUAUUGUGCUAAGAAAAUUAAAAAUGUUUUGCUUAACAAAAAGUAAAAAAUUAAAUAUAUCGCAUAUUCUUAAAACAUGGAAGUCUUCUAAAAACACGAACACUUUUUCUUCAAAUGCAACUUUGGAAGUUCCACCAUAUAAAUUAUAUAAACUGGAAAAUGGACCCUCAACAAGUGUCACUCUUACUAAAGAGAAAGCUAAAAACUAUUAUCAACAAAUGCUUGCAAUUCGGCGAAUUGAAAAUGCUUCAUCGGCUUUAUAUAAAGAUAAAAUCAUUCGUGGAUUCUGCCAUUUGUAUAGUGGCCAAGAAGCAUGUUGCGUUGGAAUGAAAGCUGCAAUGCGUAAUAGUGAUAGUAUAAUAACAUCGUAUCGAGCUCAUGGCUGGUCAUAUGUUAUGGGAGUUUCGGCACAUGGAAUUUUGGCUGAACUUACUGGACGCAAAACAGGCUGUGCACGUGGAAAAGGUGGAUCUAUGCAUAUGUAUGCUCCGGGAUUCUAUGGUGGCAAUGGUAUUGUUGGAGGUCAAGUUCCAUUGGGAACAGGAAUUGCAUUUGCCAGCAAAUACAAAGAAACUUGUGGUACAUGCUUGACAAUUUACGGUGAUGGCGCUGCCAAUCAAGGACAAGUCUUUGAAAGCUACAAUAUAGCCUAUCUGUGGAAGUUGCCAGUUAUAUUUAUCUGCGAAAAUAAUAAAUACGGUAUGGGCACUGCAGUAGAACGUGCAGCAUCCAAUACCAAUUACUAUACUCGAGGAGAUGUUGUGCCAGGUAUUUGGGUAGAUGGAAUGGAUAUUCUUGCUGUGCGCAAUGCCACAGAAUUUGCUAUUGAUUAUGUUCUAAAUAAUGGUCCAAUUGUAAUGGAAUUGUCAACUUAUCGUUAUUCGGGACAUUCAAUGUCCGAUCCCGGUGUUAGCUAUCGGAGUCGUGAAGAAGUACAAGAUGUACGUGAAAAACAAGACCCUAUAGUAAAAUUUAAAAACAAAUGUAUUGAACUUCAAUUGAUAACAGAUGAAGAGUUAAAGGAAAUUGACGAACAAGUGAAAAAAGAAGUUAAUGAAGCAACUGAAAAAGCAAAAUCAGAUCAAGAAAUUGAUCUGGACGAAUUGACUUACGAUAUCUAUGCAAAUAAUUUGGAUAAAAGUGUUCGUGGACCAGUUGGACAGUUUCUAAAACAUGAAUUAAAAGGAAAACCUGUCAAUCUUUAAGAAAUAGGAUGAUAAUUUAAAUAUGCCAAUUUUAUUCUUAAAUGUUUCACAAUAAAUUUGUCAAAUUAAACUCUAUUUUCAGUUUGAAAGACAAGUACAAUAAUAGUACAAACCAA